UCCCUGGAAGUCUUAUUGUGGCCUUCGCAGGUAGUCGUAAACUAGGUAAUGCAAUUAUGCAAUGCAAGUCUUGCUUUCGCAAGUCAAAAAGAAAAGGAAAAACAAGUGAGAAGAGAAUCAUGUAAUCCGAAAACGAGAGAGGAAAAGCGGAUGGGGUCGAAAGGAGAGGAGAUGCCUGUGCAAUUUGAAUUUUCAUUUGCUGCUGUGUGGCUGCAGUGACGAAUCAGAGCAUAGCAUCGACAGCGAGAUCAGGGGCGAGCGAGCACCCAGGGCAGGAGGAUGGCGACGGUGGCGUCGCUGUACCGGCGGGUCCUCCCGUCGCCGCCGGCGGUGGACUUCACCUCGCCGGACGGCAAGCGCCUCUUCUCGGAGGCCCUCGAGGGCGGCACCAUGGAGGGCUUCUUCAGCCUCGCCUCCUGCUUCCAGACGCAGUCCGAGCCGGCCUUCUGCGGCCUCGCCUCCCUCGCCGUCGUCCUCAACGCGCUCGCCAUCGACCCCGGCCGCCGCUGGAAGGGCCCCUGGCGGUGGUUCGACGAGUCCAUGCUCGACUGCUGCGAGCCCCUCGACAAGAUCAAGGCGGAGGGCAUCACCUUCGGCAAGGUCGCCUGCCUCGCGCACUGCUCCGGCGCCGACGUUCGACCCUUCCGCGCCAACCAGGUCACCGUCGAUGACCUCCGCCGCCAUCUCAUCCGCUGUGCCUCCUCUCGGGACUGCCAUCUCAUCGCUUCCUACCACAGGAGGCAUUUCAAACAGACCGGAACUGGGCAUUUCUCCCCAAUCGGCGGCUACCACGCCGGAGAGGAUAUGGCGCUCAUCUUGGAUGUCGCCUGCUUCAAAUACCCUCCCCAUUGGGUUCCACUGCAACUUCUUUGGGAAGCCAUGAACACGGCUGAUGAAUCAACUGGACUUCUCAGGGGGUUCAUGCUUAUAUCAAGGCACAAUGCAGCUCCUUCAGCGCUUUACACAGUGAGUUGUAGAGAUGAAAGCUGGAAAUGCAUGGCAAAAUAUUGUGCCGAAGAUUUACCAGAUAUUUUGAAGGCUGAGAGUCUUGACAAUGUUCCAGCACUUUUGUCCAGUUUUAUUUAUUCUCUUCCAGCCAAUGCUGGAUCUUUGAUCAAAUGGGUUGUUGAAGUUAGGAGAAAAGAGGAAGACAGGCCAUGCUUAAGCAAAGAUGAGAAGGAAAGGCUUUUGGUGAAGGAAAAUGUAUUACAGCAAGUUCAUGACACCAAGCUAUUUAUGAUAGUCCAUGACCUGCAAUGUGCUCGUAUCCAAUGUUGUAAUCGUUUGUCCUCGUCAAGUGAAGAUUCCGUUACCAGGAUUGCAGCCUCUGUGUGCUGCCAAGGAGCCGCAAUGCUAUCAGGGAACCUUGCAUCAAGUGAUGGUUUCUGCUUCAAGGAAACAUGUUUCAAAGGUGUUCAAGCUAAUGGUUGCUGCACGAGUUCGUGCAAUUCAAACUUGGGCAAUGAAAUCAUCAAGUAUCCAUCAAGCGCGGAUGUUAUAACCGUUCUAUUGCUGGCUUUGCAUCCCAGCACAUGGUUGGGCAUCAUAAAUGAGAGGCUGAAAGCUGAAUUUCAGACUCUUGUUUCAACAGACAAUCUACCUGAUGUUCUUAAACGGGAGAUACUUCAUCUAAGGCGGCAACUCUAUUAUCUGAAGACUUGUAAAGAUGAGGAAUGUGAGGAUCUGUGCCACCAUACCCUUAGCAGUGAUGCUAGCGACCCUCUCACUUGAUAAGUUUAUUUGCUGGAAAUUGAGGUCAUUCGAAGAUUUAUCAACAUGUGAACCGUUCAAAGAUUUCAAGCUUCUAGAUCAGCAUGGAAACGUUCACAUGCUCGCUCAACACUGACGUACUUGAUCCAUAACUGGAAAAACAAAAAACUACACGAUUAGCGUGGUGUAGUCCAGCAAACAUGAUGAUGUUUUUUCUUCUUUCUUUUUUUUUUUUAACGAUGGCAAACGCUCAGCAAAUUUGCCAAAAUUUCUAGGAACAUGAGGAUGCUCAGCGCAAGACCGCCACAGGUCCGUUUUUGGCUGGAGAGGUUCAGGGACGCCUGGGAGUCGUGCUCCCAUAAGAAAGAAGGCGGUGGUGGCAGCCGUCUUCACCUUCGUCGUCUGGAACGUCUCCUCCACGUUGGCGCGCGUCUGGGCGGUCUUCAUGCUGGUGGUGGCCAGGAAGCUGCACCAAUAGCGCAUGGUGGAGUUCGGCUGGAGCAGCUUGGUGGACGACGGCGCCGCGGGAGACGAUGAAGCGGCAGCGGAUGAGGCACACGGCGGCGGUCCGGGCGUGUCGUUUGAAGGACAUUUUUGCGAUUGGCAGGCUAAAAAGGCAUCUAUACAACGCAUAGGAUGCGCUCAUGCGCCCGGGAUACCGUGAAGCCAAGUUGCCCAAGUUCGUGGGAAUGUUUGAAUUUGGCUACCAUGCCCAAGUUUGGAACCAUACCAAA